AGCCGGCAGGGCCAAGACACACUCAGCUCCGAAAAUUUUCCGGACACAGUUUGGUCAGUGAUCUCUCAUCUCUAAACCGGAGAUUUAUCGUGUGGUGAUAUCUAGUAUUUAUUAAAAUGAAUAAAUUCGUGAUCUUCGGUCUCCUCGUGGCCUCGGCCGUCGCCGUACCAGCCCCCAACGCUGACCACAACGGCAGCUUGGAUUGUCUUGGAUUAGAUGACAAUAUUUUGAGUUGUUUUGUCAUAAAAGCGAACAGUGCGAUUGCCAGAGCCGCCAGAUCUGGUUCUUUUGAACUCAUCCCUGGAGUCACUUUCAAUCGCGACACUCCACUUGAACGAACGGGCAAAGCUCUUGAGACAGAAACGGAUUUAAUUAACUCCCUGCCAAGAGAGACGUCCGACAGAGCGUUGAAACUCGUGGCCAUGGUCUAUGACUCAGCUGUAUCCUUCCUCAAGAGCCACAGUCUCAAGAUCAAUGUUCCAGAAGAGUCAAUCUCACGCUCCCUCAAUGAAGGUCGCGCCAAAAUAAAGAAAAUGAUUUUGCCCUUGAUCGCAGCCGCUGGAGUAAAAGUAUUCGCAUUGAUCCCAAUUUUACUUGGAGGACUGGGUCUUUUGGUACUUAAAGCUCUGAUUGUUGGCAAAGUCGCUCUACUUCUCGCCGGAGUCAUGUUGUUCCAAAGACUUUUCGGCAGCGCAGCCGGAUCUGGAUCCAGUGUCGGCAGCAUCUUCGGCAAAGCUCCUUACGCUCAACCACCACCAGUAGCUGCCUACUACGACGCUCCCAGUUCAUCAAACCAAUGGGCUCCAAAUGUCGCAACCACCAACAAUGGAUACCAAUACAAAAGGAGCUUCAACGACGAGAAGAAUGCACAGAAACUCGCUUUCUCAGCUCACGUACCAGCUGACAGCGAAUAAAUUUAAGGGAUUAAUUCAAUUUUUUUAAAACUUCUUCCUCAUGCAUAUUAAUAUUUAUUUUAAUUAUCAAGGAAUUGAUAAUUACUAAUAAUUAUUAUUAUUAUUUAUUAACGACUGCUAGAUCUCUAUUAUUUAUUUAUUUGAAAUUUUUUUGUACUUAAACAUUUUUUUACUGUAAAUUAUUUGAGUAAAAUAAAUUAUUUAAAUUAA